UUCAAUGCCCAUGGAACCUUGUUGUCUCCUACCCCAAAAACACGUUCUGAUAUUCUUGAGGGCCUAGCUGAAGAAAUCAUGAAGUAUACAGCAUAUCCAAAGGAUGAGCAGUUAGAAGAAGUGGCCAAGGCUCUGAUACAGUCCCACCCAUGUCUGUUGGAGAAAGGCACUCGCGGUGGCUACUGUGGUUGGAAGCACUACUUGAAAAUAAAGAUGAUGAACUUCAGAUCAAAGCUCAGCCGAGCUGGACAUCCUGAGGUUGCAGUCAACUCUCUGAAGAAUAAACGGAAAGGCCAGGAGAAGCCAGCGGCCAACAUCAAGAAGCCCAGGAAGGCAGAAGUUAAUUUCUGUCCAAACAUACCCAGAGGUGAAACAAGAGAGAGUAUGGAGGCGGAAAGGGUGGCUCUACUGACAGAGUUAAAAAAGAAGAAACAGAAUGAGGCUGAGAUCAAGAAGAUGAUGCAGCAUACCUUCUCGAUCAGAAGGCAGGAGGUUCUCCAGGAGCCAGCGAUUCCAGAGUUCCGAGACAGAUGGCCAGCACUCUUUGAUGUCAGUGAGAUUAACUUGGAGUUCAUGCGACUGACAACUGUACCUCUGACCUCCAAAUUCCUCGGAGAACUGGACCGUCAGACAGACAACCUGAUCAAGGUUUUUAAUGCCAAAGGCGGAGUUGCAGGAAGAAAGAUCACCGCCAUAAUGGCCCAGAUGGAUAAUGCGUGAUUGUGUGCUGAGCUGUCUGAGCAUCUACCUCAAUGAAGACCUGGACACACUGGUUAAAGAAUAUGUGGUAUGUCAGCCUACUGUCCUUUGUGCCAGAUGUAAUUCCCAUCCAGAUGUGCCUGAUAUGUUGCGUUCAUAAGAAUGAGAUGAGGACACAUGACCACCAAUAGUUCAUCAUUGAGUCCAAUGGGUUGUUUUAGAAUGAGAAAUUCCCACAAGGCAAAUGU